UACACACAGAAGCAUACAGUCAGUCGGACGCACUUGCAUCCAACAGUCAAUAGCUAUCACAGAGUGUAUAAAGGAGCGAAAUUUCCGCAAGAAAAUAGAAUAUACACACACGUGCACCGAAUUCACUGUUGCUUUUGAGGGAACCAGACACCGUUACCACACUCGAUUCGGUCAGUAACGAAACAAACGGCCACUGGAUAGUUUGUUCUGUUGCAACCAUAAAUUUUUUUUUUUUAAAGUGGUUUUGGAAAUUUUUUGUGUUUCAAGUCUAUUUUGUUAGCUAAAAUUGUGCUUCAGUUUUUUGUGUUUUUUUUUUUUAAAUUCAUUUGAUGUGUGCAUUUUAAUCGGUUAGAUUAUACGAUUUUACACGUUUAUAAAGCUUUCUUCAUCGCCGGUGAUAAUUGAAAUAUCACGAUAACGCCGUUUUCAAGUAACCGUUGUUCGAAGUUCAACAGUUGAAAUUUCUACGAAUAAAAGAAAUAAAAAGAAAAGAAUCUUUUUGUGAUUUACUGUAUGGAAACGUUAAAUUAGUGUAUUAUCAAUAUAGCACAAAACAACAUAGCAUUUUUGUCACAGUAUUUUCGCUUUAGUGGUGAUUUACUGUUUGAGGUUGAAUCGUGAUUUGUUCUAAAAUAAUGUUAGCAAUAACGACAAAAUAGAACCAAAAACAAAACGCAUCGUCAAUACGAUAGACAAAGAAGCAUUUUCUUCACAUCAUAAAUCGGUUUUCAUGUGUUGUUGGAUCUGACUGCAACUAGGCUCACUUUGGAUUUGGUUUUUAUUGAAUGUGAUUUCGAAAUCGAGAAAGAUCCACAAUUGAGUGAAAUCAUUUAGUGGAUUGCGUCAACAGAGAGACGUCAGUCAUCGACAGCAAGCCAUCGAUCGGGUGUUGUUUUCGUGUGUUCCGUGUGCGCGGCUAGGAUUAACGGCUAACAAAUUCACAUAGGAUGGUAGACAGUGACGGUGAGAGUAAUCUGAAGGAUUCAAAUGUAAGCAAUUCGUCGCAGAAUAGUGCAAAAAAGACGGCCGCUGCGUCGGUCGACACAAAACCUGGAAAUCUGCACUUAAAUCUCAACAAUCAACCGCCAGCGAAUAGUCAAAUUCCCGGUCAAUUUAACUACUAUGAACAGCACUACAGACAGUUGCCGGAAGAUUCAAUUGAUGGCAAUACAACCGACCAAAAGCACUACGCAUCCGUGUACAAAAACACAUCACCUCGACUCUCAUUCGACGAUGGAGACGAUGCAAAAAAGUAUGCCGUUUCCAAAAUAAAUGGCAACGGCAGCUGCAGUGAGAAUUGUGAGAAAUUUGCAAAUAUCUCAUCAAUCACACCGAUAGCCAAUGCCAAUGUAGCCAGAGCCGAUUUCGAAACAGCCAUUGAGUUGACGGGAUAUGGAAAAUUCCAUUACUAUUUGCUUGCGAUUUGUGGGCUGGUCAGCACGAGCGAAGAAAUGGAUGUGAUUUCUAUGUCGUUCAUUUUGCCGUCGGCGCAGUGCGACUUAGAUCUAGACACACAGACCAAAGGAUGGCUCAAUUCGAUCAUUUUCAUAGGCAUGAUGGUCGGUGCCUAUGUCUGGGGCAGCAUCGCAGAUACUCUUGGUAGACGAAAAGUGUUAAUUGUCAUCUCCUUCAUGAACGCCCUUUGCAUUGUUGCGUCCAGCUUUUGCCAAACAUAUCUAGUGUUUAUGGUCUUUCGAUUUCUAAAUGGUGUCGCGUUGGGAGGGAGUGGCCCAGUGAUUUGGUCGUAUUUCGCGGAAUUUCAGCCGAAAUCAAGACGGGGAUCCAUGCUCAGUUUCAUGGCCGCCUUUUGGACAAUUGGAAAUCUUUUCGUCGCUGGUUUGGCUUGGAUUAUUAUUCCUUCUGGCAUUGGUUUCGAUACGCCAUACUUCAAAUACAAUUCAUGGCGAAUAUUUUUGCUGCUGUGUGCAUUACCAUCGUUUAUUGUGACGGCGCUGCUAUUCUAUCUUCCUGAGAGUCCGAAAUUUUUGAUAAUGCAGGGUCGUCGCGAUAAGGCGUUGAACAUAUUACGAGGUAUUUUCGUCACAAAUACAGGACAAACCAAAGACUACUAUCCCGUUAAGGAGCUGAUGAUCGAUGAGAAAUUCCUAAUGCCAGUCAUUGUGAACACCAGCAAUGGUGGCAACGACAUUAAACGAUCUAGCGACUACGAUGCAAAUGGUGCUCUCUGCGAUAUCGAAGCCAUAAAAAAGAAGGGAAAAUAUUCGAUGAUGUUUUCAAAUAUUGCUGACAAUAGCCGAGAGCUGUUUGUGCCGCCAAUUUUGAAGUUUACGAUUAUCUCGAUUUUGAUCAAUUUCACCUUCCAUAUCGGGUAUUAUGGUUUGAUGAUGUGGUUUCCAGAACUUUUUAAUCGCUUCGAUGAAUUCUCGAGAGCACAUCCAGGACAAUCGGCCACAGUGUGUCAAGUGACGAAAUAUGUGGUUGAAUCAGGCUCACAUGCACAGCUCGGAGUUUGUUCAUCGAUCAUAUCGAGUACCGUUUUCAUGGAGUCACUUAUUUCCCUAUCGGCUGCACUCCCAGCAAACCUAAUCAGUAUUUUAUUCAUGGAUAAAUUGGGCCGAAAAUUCUUUCUGAUAUUCAGUACAAUGAGUGCAGCGGUCUGCUCAGCUGGAAUGUAUUUUGUUAUGAAUAAGCAACAGAACUUCAUUGUAUCAGCAUUUUUCACGGGAGUAAUUGCAUGCGGCAACGCAUCGCUGGACUGCUUAAUCACAGAAGUCUUUCCAACGCACCUCAGGGCCACUGGCGUUGCGAUUAGUAUGAUCAGUGCUCGGCUCGGAGGUAUUAUAGGGAACAUUGUAAUCGCCCAAUUACUCGAUUUGUAUUGUCCAGCGCCAACGUUCAUUGUCGCCGUUCUGCUAGCUGGGGGCGGAUUAAUGUGUUUGAUGCUGCCGAAUACAACGCGAACAGCACUCUCGUAACGAUGAUCCUGCACCAAAUGAAUUGAAAAGAAAAUUGAAGCAAUCAACAUUCAACAAUAAACAAAAAAACAAAUACAAAGCAGCGCACACAAAACGACACGAAACGAAGCGAAUUCAUGUUCAUGCGACGAUAUUAUUCACUUUUUAUAUGAUUAAAAUUUAAUGAUAAUGAUAAUAUUAAUGUACCAUUGAUUUUCAAUGAAUUCCAAUGUUAAAAAGUAAACAUUCUUUUUCCCU